AUGAUCUGCCGGUCGUUUUGGUACACAUAUGUGGAAUCUGACCACGCGCUCGUCCGGAGUCGCUUCAACCUACGUUUCCCGGGGUCGCGUAAGGUGCAGAAGAAUUGCAUGGCAACUGAAAGACUAGCAGAUCCGGAUGUCAGACGAACUUAUAAGAAUAGUCUUGUAGAGUCCCUUCCAAGUGCCCCACCAUCGGAUGUGAACUCAUACUGGGACGAGAUUGCCACCUCUUUGCAUAGUGCUAGGAAUUUUGCCUGUGGCACGAUCCAACCAGGUGCACCCAAGCACUGGAUAUCAUAUCGAACGGUAGCACUACUUAAAUCUCAAAGAAAUAUCCCAGCCGGUCCCGAACAGAACCCGGUGCGAAGAGCUAUCAGACGGCAAGUGAAAAUGAGCUCGCGAUACGACCAUGAAGUAUGGUGGACACAGAAAGUCGAGGAAAUGGAAGAGGCCCAGAAAGCCGGUAAUACCCGAAGAUUAUUUCAGUUGAUCCGUGCGACCGGUCCCCGGAAACCACCUCCAUCAGCCGGCACUCAUCUAGAGCCCAUAGGUGAAGUAGAACCCUGGACGGCGAACGUGGAACCACCUACGGCCUCGGAGGUUUACGAUUGCAUAUGUUCUCCCAAGCGCCACCGAGCUCCCGGUCCGCAGGACCUUCCAUACGCACUGUUCAAACACGGCGGUGAACUCCUCAGUCAGCGCUUGUCCGAUCUGUUUGCUUGCAUUUGGAAAAAGGAGUCUGUCCCAGACAAUUUGGGAGAACCAGGUGGUAGUGCUCGUUUUCAAAAAAAGGGGCGCGUAGGGAUCAGCUUGACCCCGAUUGUAAUGAGAUUGUUCGCGUCAGUUGUGCUUCGUCGCCGUUCGGUGGCUCAUGAGACACUGACUCAAGCGCAGCAAGCGGGAUUUCGGCCUGGUAGAGGUUGUGUUGACCAAAUCUUCACACUGCGCCAGGUGUUGGAGCAACGCCAUACGUAUAAGCGACUCACUAUUCUGAUAUUCCUGGAUUUCCGAGGCGUUUUCGAAUUGGUUGAUCGUUCUGUUCUUCUUGAGACGCUUGCCCACCAGGAAAUGCACCGGAAGUUUGUAAACAUAAUACGUUUUUGUAUUUUCAGACAUCCGGACGUAUGCGAGUGUACGGAGGGCUCUCUAAAAGCUUCCGGUGUCCGUCAGGAAUGCCCACUCUCUCCAUUCCUUUUUGACUGUGUGAUCGACGAAAUAAUGAGACGGACGCUGGAGGAGUGGCGUAAACAGAGAAGUGGCCAACACUUGACUAGGCAGAGGAGUGUGAAGGAGAUCACGAAGCGCUUGGGUGCUUUCGGUGCUGCUCACCUUCCAGGAUGGAGAUCGCGUGAUCCUCACUGUACCUGGUUGGAGAUACUACAAGAUAUGGCUGCCAACCGAUGUCAGUGGCGUUCUUGUUGUUUUCAGUUUCUAUCCAGAUUGCCCGAGUGA